AUGGGGACCACUGCAAAAACCACGUUUGUACCACAGGAGGGAAUGCCGUUCGGUAUGCCAAGCGGGGUUAGUCCUGCACCACCCCCAUACACGCCGGCAACUAACUCCCCUGUGCUCCAAACCACUGAAAAUGCGGAGCUUUUAGCCCAAGUCGUGUCCCUUCGACAGGACAUGGCCAGGCUAUUGGAUCGGGCGGCCGAACGGCAAACUGAACGGCAGGGAUCGCCGAUCAGGAAAAAAGCGCGCCUAGACGAUCCACGGCUGAGAAGUCUGGGAAGGAGGUCGCCGAUACGAAGGAUACCAAUUUUGGAAUCAUCGGCAGAGUUUGACCAAGAGUACGCCCCUUCCACGAAUCGGUCAUCGUCCUACCGUUCGGCAACGCCAACAAAGUUCUCUGAGGUUAACCCUGUCAGGUCCCAGCAACGCCAACAAAGUUUUCUGAGGGACCCUGUCAUUUGCCUCCUCCUUCAGAGGGUACAGGAAAUGGAGGACGAGAGGACUCGUUCACAGGAGCCUGACUGGGGAAGGCUUCGGCUAGGACCUUUCAUCGAGCGCAUAAGGCGCUCACGGCAGGAUAGAGAUGUGCAGACCCUGCGCAUAUCCGCUUACACAGGCGUGGAGGACCCUCUGACGCACCUUCACUCCUUCCAAUCGGCCGUGGGGUGCCUCGGGCUGAGUGACGAAGGACAGUGCAUGCUAUUCCCCUCUUCGCUCACGGAGGCGGCUCUGAAUUGGUUCUACCAUUUGGAACCAGGAAUAGUUGAUUCCUUCGAUGAGCUGAAACAGAUCUUCUUGAAUCAUUUUAUGAUUCAAACAGACAGACUGCAUUCUGCCGAUGACCUGUACACCAUUCGGCAGAGAGAUGAUGAGCCGUUGCGUGAAUAA